CCGCCCUCUUUCCGGUGCUGCGCUCGGUAACUCGUGCUAGUUUCACGCAGCUGGAGCAGCUCGCGGCUACACGCGCGCCUCGCGCUUCUGUCAGCGGGAUACUAACAGACGGGGUUUUUUCCCGGUGGAGAGGCUACGGAACCGCUUUCUGAGGCAUUGUCCUCCUUUUCUUCUGGGGUUUGGUCCGUCUCGCCUGUUGACCAUGGGGACAGACGUCGACGCACGGGGUUCGGUAAAAUCGGUUGGAGGAGCCGUUCAGUGACAGCUGCGAGACACGCUGGGGAGACGUGACGGACAGGUAACCGGUUUAGGUCUAGAAAAGCAACGGCCCGGUGGAUAAUGAUGACAGAGAAUAUGCUGUAACGGGAGGCGGUUUGCUCCUUUUGGACUUUGUGGCUCUGUGGCUGAAGUAUGGGGCCGUGGUAGCCGGUAGAGCGGACACCGGAGCGUCUGGUUUAGUCUACGCUCGGUCUGUGCCACCGGAGGGUGGACACAGCUGAAGAGACUGGAGACACGGACGGAGACGGGGCUGUUUUUGUUUCGGCGGAGACAUGGCAGCGGCCAUCGCCAGCGGUUUGAUCCGCCAGAAGCGGCUGGCGAGGGAGCAACAUGUCCACCGGCCGAUUCCUCACCGGCGGCGGAAGAGCCCCGGUAAAAAGCCGGGGCUGUACAACGGGAACCUGGUCGACAUCUUCUCCAAAGUCCGGAUAUUUGGCCUGAAGAAGCGGAGGCUACGGAAACAAGAACCACAGCUGAAGGGCAUAGUGACCAGGUUGUUCUGCAGGCAGGGCUUCUAUCUCCAGAUGGGCCAGGAUGGAAGUAUGGACGGGACCAAAGACGACAGCACCAACUCCUCUCUGUUUAACUUAAUCCCCGUGGGUCUGAGAGUCGUGGCCAUCCAAUCAGUGAAGACUGGCCUCUACAUCGCCAUGAACGGAGAGGGUCACCUCUACUCAUCGGAACUGUUUACAGCGGAGUGUAAGUUUAAGGAGUCGGUGUUUGAGAACUACUACGUGAUCUACAGCUCGAUGCUCUACAGACAGAAGGAGUCGGGCCGGGCCUGGUUUCUGGGCCUCAAUAAAGAGGGACAAGCCAUGAAGGGCAACAGGGUCAAAAAGACCAAACCAGCUGCACACUUCCUGCCUAAACCUAUAGAAGUUGCGAUGUACCGAGAGCCUUCGUUGCACGACGUAGGGGAGGCGGUGCCUAAACUCGCAGGGGGCCCGCCUUCCAAAAGCACAACCGGCGAACCUGUGGUCAUGAAUGGCGGCAAACCAGUCAACAAACCCGACAAGGGGGCGACAUAACCCCCCCCCCCCCUCCCUCCCUCUGCCAACCAGAGGCCAGGGACAGCCAGAGACUCGCCCCACUGCUGCGCGCUCAAAAAAACAAACAAACUGCACAACAAAAAGGUAACCAAACAAACAGCAGCUGAAGUUCUGACUGGUCAGCAGUGGGGCCGCACGUCCCGCCUCACCUCUCUCCCGAUUGGACGGAUCUGGUGCGGUGGGGCGGAGCCAGAAGGGCAGAGCGCGCGUCGGUGAAGAGGAGGAUGAAGACCGCGAAGUCAGGCCAAUGCCAGCCAGAUGUUUUGGAAGCAGCGGGACAGCGGCGUGCCCUCAUAUGGGAGACGAAAGGACUUCUUCAAAAUAUAAACAACAACAACAACAAAAACAGGGGGGGGGGAAAUGUCGUCUUCGCCGGUAUUUUUCUGUGACAAUCUGUAUGAAUUAGGCCCCCCCCCUGUGUUCUUCUCUUGAUUGUACCGUUUUCCGUUGCCAGGUAUACUUGCUUGCUGGUGGCUACACACACACACACACACACACACACACACACACACAGAUAAACGCACACGGCUCCCACCCGAAAUCGACCAGUCGGAUUCGAUCUUUGAGUAAAUAAUGAACAGAUUAAAAAACAAACAUCAGGCAGAGAACGCUUUAAAUACCAAACAGCAAUGAUUCAGCGGCUGCUUCGUCAUCGAUCAAUAACGACGCUGCGCGGGGACGCUCGUACUGAGCCGACCACGAGAUGUCCCUGAACACGGCGCCGUGCUCGACGCGCAACGCAAACACAUCGUACGGCAUGCCCCUAAUUUUAAUCACAUACUAUAUAGCUGCUAAGCAGAGUUCUUAUUUGACACUACAUAGCAAGUUAUGUUUGGUUUCUUAUUCUGCACACACACACAUUACAAGAGACUAUCGAGCUGCAUCGCUGUACAGACGCUCAACAAGUAGACAGUGAAGAGUUUCUCAAAUGAGUGUGUAGCUGAAAACCGGAAAACUAUUUCCCCAAAUUCUUUGUAGCAACACGGAGGGCACAGGAGGUCACGCCGGUGUCCGAGCAGCACGGUAGCAGUCGGUGUUUACAUGGAGUAGCAGAUACUGAGGGUCAAAAAGCCUUUGAGAGCGGUCAGACAGAAGUGUUACUUUCUCUUUCUGUUGCGCUCCAAAGUACUUGAAGUUAAAGGUGGCGAUGAGGGUGACGAUGAACAGGGUAAGUGACGUGAAAGUAGAAUUUUGACAAGCGUAUUGUUCAUUUAAACCUAGAAACCGGCAGAGCAGACCAUGAUCCGCCCCAAGGCCUUUCGCUCUGCAAAGUCACUCAUAAAUAUAGCCGUCAAAUAGAUGAAGCGGAGUAUUUAACAAUAAAUAUGAAUAUUUAGCUCCGAAAUGUGGUAUAAAGUAGCGUAAAGUGAAGCACGGUUCUCGAGUCGAUAUACGAUUCGUGGCGACGCAGAUCCGAGUGGAUUAGAGCAGAUCUGAUCACAUGUUUAUUUAUAACGGAGAGUGUGAGAAUUAGAUGAGCAACUUAGUGGUUUAUAUAAAAGCAGGUGAUGGAAAUGUGGUCAAAAACAAAACAGCACACAUUGAUUGCCGUGUCAAAUUAGACGAGUGAAUUUUGAAACACAGAGAAUUAAAUGGCAGAAAAUCGAAAAAAGGCCUUGGAAUUAAAUUAAACCAAAUAGAUUCCCAUGCUUCGCCCUCUCACUGUGACAGUCAACAUGGCACCAACCGGUUCCGGACCUGAGUCCUGUUCAACCCCGCAGGUUUUUCCGUUUAUCCGUCUUUCUUAUUCGACGGCGACACUCGGCGCCAAUUAACUCCUUGGAAAGCUCCACCCGUACUCCGUCACGUCACUCCGGAGAGAUUAACACUGUGAUCCCGAGACAAGGAGACGCGACUGUCGGCGAGGAACAGAAACACGGCGCGUCCCUUUCGCUUUGAAAUCCCACAUUUUGGGCAAAGUGGCCGCUUUGCAUUUAAAGCGGAUCCUCGAAACGCGGUCGGACAUUUCUGAAGACGAGCGACCUCCACUGACAUUCGCACAGCGGCGGAAAGACAAAGAAACGUCUGGAAGAUUCAUCCGCGGCAUUAAACAAGCUGCCUCGGCAACAGGUGUGCGCGUAGCAGGUGAAACACGUCGUACCGUACGGAGGAAACACGGCGCCAACGAAGAGACGGAAUACACAAGGCGGCGUUUCUAAUUGGCGUUCCUCAGAUUCGUUCCUCACACACACACUUCAGAUUCUUCUCUCCUCUGAGCUCAUUAGCCGCCGCCGUGCUCAAAGGCGCGCGGCGGUCCGGCUCACAUUAGAUGAACUCGCAUAGCGUAAAGUGGCCCAUCUUUAAGACUGUGGUGAAAGAAACACAUUGGAGAUUUCUGAUGAAAUUUUUAUUUAUUUAUGAAAGCCAGAGUGUAAUUAAAUAUACGUGGAGAUAAAAAUAAAAAAAGAAGAGCGAUCUGAGUUGAGCGUUUUCAAAUUUCUGUGUGUUCUCGAUGCUAAAAAAAACCAAGUGCACGUGAAAUGUAUUGCUGCUGUUGGAUCAUCAGAAAGUGGUUUUCGUGUGUGUGUGUGUGUGUGUUUUAUUUGCUGGAUAUACUGUAGUUUCUUGCUAUGUGAGUGCCUCUCAUCUCCAGCCUAGCUCAAGAUGCGAGAUCCAGGGCGGCUGCAGAUUGACGCUCAGCGCUCAGCCUCCCUGGGUCCCGGCAGGGAGCCGAGAUGUCCCGACUCUCAAAGUGGCUCGACUUUCACCUCCGUCCCGUCUGAUUGUACUUGAAGAGCAUCGUGGGGUGAUGGUGAUGAGCGGUGUUGUGCUUGUCUCACGUCAACGAAAUGUGGAUGUAAUAAUGUAAUAAUAUUGUGGUGUCACACUCGAGGGGUUUUUUAAUAGCAUUACGGUAGAAGAAGAAAAAAAGAAAAGAAAACCCUGACAAUCAGGUCUGUAAACCUCCUCUUUAUUGUUUCAUGUAUCCUCUGUCCGAGAAGCCACUUCAAUUACACUUUGCGUGCGAUGUUUUUGUGCUCGUCUGAGCGAACGUUAGAGACGUAAGACGAGACUCUGAGUGAUGAUGAAGCGGCUGAUGUGUCCACAGCGCUCGCAGAGGGGAAGGACCGAGCCACUCCUCCUCUGAUCAGAGAGGUCCGGCUUGUGAGGCCGGGCGAAGGCCGAAAGAAGCUCUUGACGAUCUGUGGCACGUGCCCAAGAAUUAACGAUGGUUGAGGGGGACUGACGAUCGUGUUUUUCCAGACCGGUAUUCUCCCGGUUCAAACAACAGAGGCGCAAUUACUGUCGUCGUCUCCCGAGGGAUUCUCUCUCCUCUGGUGGCUAGCCAGGGACCGAGACUUCAAUUAUGAGGCGUCUACCAGCGGCCUCCGCACGGAAAGAGAGCGGCGGAUUUAAUUAGAAGUGAGCAACGGCGACCGCCCGGGUCACUUUCAAUCUCCACGUGUUGGUUCGCUACUCUCCCCUCAGGUUUUUAUUUACUUUUUUUUUUUCUCAUUCCACUUUAUUCCUCUGACAAACAGACGGCCUUAUUACAUCUGACGGUGAACGCACUCUCUUCUCACACACACACUUCAUCCAAUUUUACGUUUCAAUUAUCCUUUGAUCCCCAAUCCUCCGUUCCCCCGUAACUAUGCUGGCUCUCCUCCUCCUCCUCCUCCUCCAACUGUUGCAUGUUUUCUUUUAAAGAGGAAAGACGACCGGGCUAAUGCAUGUGGUAAUUUAGGUAAAUAUGUUAUCAUAAACAAACAUUUACAGCGUAGCACCAGUACAACUUUUGCGUCUGGCUCAUUUCUGCCGUCUGGUUGAUAUUUGUGUCCUUGAUGCAUACAUUUGUUUUCCCUGUGGCAUCACAUAUUGUUUUUGAAGCAUAAUCCAUCAUUGCAAUAUUGGAGCAAAGGAAGAAUGAAUCAAAAUUACUUCAUAUCCCGAACACAGUUACACUAAUGCAUGUCAGCAGAGCAUCAAUAUUUAGUUCUGUCUGAGAGCAGGAAAGAAGAAAAAAAGGAAGAAA